CCCAGAUCCGCCAUCAGUUCCAGGAAGCGAAGUGAGUUUUCCAACAACCGCUCGAAUGAGUAUUUUACAUGAAAUAUAACGCAGUAUUUGAAGAAAAAAACACUAAAAAAGACACUUUUGUAUGUCUUGUUAAUGUCCGAUCGACGUCACAGACCCUAAUUCGAAUAUGCCGCCAAAAAGAAAUCGCGAUGAGAGGCGGAGCGGCGCUACAUCAAACUUUGGAAAUAGGCCACCGAAACAGAAUUCAUAUGCGUCAGCGGUUAAAAAUGAGCAAGAAGAUGCGUUCAAACAGCUACAAGAAGUAUUUGCAGGAAGUAUAGAUCCUGAAGUCAUUUAUAUGAUAUUAUCGGAGAAUGAUUUCAAAGUUGAUGUGGCAUUGGACAUUCUUUUUAAACUCAAUGAUCCAUCAGUGGACAUACCUGACAGUACUCCUCCACCCAAACUAAGUUUUAGCAACAUGAUGAACCUAGACGAGCCAGAGAAAAGCAGCAGCACCACUGUUAGCACCACUGUUAGCAGCACUGUCAGCACCACUGUCAGCACCACUGUCAGUACUGAUUCCAGCAGGUCAAAGUACAGUAAGAGCAGUUAUGCAAACAGAAAGCCGGGUAACGUUAUCAUCCAUGAUGGCCGAAUGACUGACGAUGAGAUCAAAAAUAGUACUGUUACGGAAUUGUUUCAUGAUCCACGCUGGAAGGACAACCUACAAUUAGGAAUUAAUGGAUACAUUGCAGAUAAAUUGAAAGUUUAUCGUAAAGACCCACCAACGAUACCGGCAGACCGUAAUAUGGCUUCAUGUGCAUUAAGCCCUGUGGAUCCAAAUCUCAUAGAAAUUUUUCCAAAUCCAGCCUAUUUUCGGAGAUUUUAUGAUUCUGGUGGUUGUAAAUUCAACAUUCGUGCUUGGGAUCUUGGAUGUAAAGUGGUAGAAAAGCCUGAUCCGCCUGAUCCAGCUGAUCCGGAUAGUUUACAACUUCAGAAAGUUUCUGAACAGGUAUCUGAAUCCUUGCCCAGUGGGAAAGUGCUUUGUUUAAUGCGAGGGCUUCCGGGAAGUGGAAAAUCAACUCUAGCAAGACAAUUGGUUGGUGGUGGUAGUAUCUAUAGCACGGAUGACUAUUUUUGGCGAAACGGCAGAUAUCAGUAUAUUCCUUAUGAGGUGGGACAGGCACAUGAAUGGAAUCAGAAACGAGCUAAGAUUGCAAUGCAGAUUGGCAGAACACCAAUCAUAAUUGACAAUACAAAUGUACAGUUCUGGGAAAUGGUUCCCUACGUUUCCAUUGCUAAGAUGCAUGGUUAUGAAGUUGUUUUGCGAGAACCUAACACCUCCUGGAAAUUCAGUGUAGGGCAGUUAGUACGUCGAAACACCCAUGGUGUGCAACAUGAAACAAUUGCCAGGAUGUUAGAUAGGUAUGAUCACUAUGUUAAUCCAAGUAAUUUACUACGUGCUGUGGAGAAAACCAACCGAGAAAUGUCACCUUCACCAAUAAGAAAAGAAGAGAGUAAAGUACUCUCUGUUGAUGAUAAAAUAAAUUUGAAAAGAACUCCUACAAUAGAUGAUGCAAAUGAAAAAGAAGAAGACGUUGAAGAUGUAGAAGCAGUUGAUGGGGAGAAAAAUGAAAAAGUUGAAUGGCAAAGUGUUAAAAAGAAAAAGAGAAGGAAAAAAAAGAAGAAAUCAAGUAAUCUAUCCGUGCCACAGGAAGAAAUUGAACUUGCAAAACACGAAGAAGAAUUAUUCAAAGAGAUUCAGACAUAUAGAAAUAGACAGAUACUAAGUGCCAGUGGUAGUCUUUUGAGUGCUGGGGUAGGUGCAGUAAAACCACGACUACCUCUCACAAAGCCCACUUCACUUUUCAAGAAACAUAAGUGGGAUACUGAGCAUGGAGAUAUAUUAGAGGUCCUACAGGGAGGAAGUAAAGCGGUAAGGAUAGAUGCUGAAGCAGCAUGGGAAAUGAGUCCUAUGGAGUGGAUAGAUCAUUUAGAUGAUGGAAAAUCCAACUGUUCCUGCCCUGCCGGAAGACAUAAAACCCACAAAGAAUUGACUGAUGAUGAUAUAAGGGUGGACAUCCUGCAAAUAGAGAAGGACAAGGUGGAGCCAAGAGGAUUAAAUUGUCCUCCUGAAAUUCCUAUAGAUGAUGAAGAGAGGAAUUUGAUAAGCCGUAUGAACAUGGAAAUGUUGAUGGAAUUCAAAGACAAAGCUGAAUCUCAAGCUUUAAUUAAUCAAACUGAUCAUGAACAUGACUUCAUCUUUGCCGUUCAUGAUCCAAAGACCGGUGUUUGCUCUCUGUUUGCUGUUGGCCAAGCUGCUGAAGAUCUUAUUGGAACUGGGGUACGAAAGAUACUAGUUCAUAAAGACCUUUAUGAACAGGCUAAAAAAGAAAAAUUAUUGAAGGAGGAAGCCGAAGCGAGGGAAGAACAAGAAGAACGUGAAAAGUUACAGAAAGAGGAAGCUGAGAACAAACAGAAAGAGGAAGCUGAGAACAAACAGAAAGAGGAAGAUGAAAAGAAAGAAAAAGAGGAUAGUGAAAUGAGACAGAACGAGGAAGCUGAGGACAAACAAAAAGAGGAAGCUGAAAAGAAAGAAAAGGAAAAUAGUGAAAAGACACAGAAAGAGGAGGCUGAGAAGGACCAGGAAGUAGAAGCUGAAAAUAAAGUAAAAGAAGAUAGUGAAAAGAAACAGGAAGAAGAAGCAGAAAAGAAAGAAAACGAGGAUAGUGAAAAUACAAUGAUAGAGGAUGCCGGAAAGAAACAGAAAGAUGAAGCUGAGAAAAAUCAGAAAAAAGAAGUUGAAAAGAGAGAGAAAGAGGAAGUAGAAAAAAAACAUGAAGAGCAAGUCGAAAAGAAUCAAACUGCACCCUCAAGCAACAGCAGUAAUAGAGAGAAUAAAACCAAAUCCAAAUUUAUGUUAGCUCCAUUUUUUUCUGUCUCUAAAUCCGACGGCUCCACUAAAACCAUCAAGCCUGAGCUAGCAUCAGUGAGAGCUGAGAUAGAAGAUCAGAAAAUUAAUAAGGGUCCACAAUCAGAAAUUUCUGAACUGAGAGAAGUAUUGACUCUCAUACACCCUCCAAAAUUAGAGCAUUCUGAUAUGGUUGAUGCUGACGUUCCUCAACAAGUUAUUCCACAACAUGUAGAUGUUGAAGCAUCUGCUGAACAAACAAAUCGCCGUGAAUCAAAAACCGAUGAUCAGGAACUAAUAUGCACAGAGACAUCUAACAUUAAACCACUUGGCACCAAUGGUGAUGACCAAAAUCCCUCUCAGCAAGUUCAGUCAGAAAACCAAAAUGUAGACACUCAAGAGUCUGCUCCACGGGCAGAGGCAACAGAUAUUGACGCUUGUGACCAAGAACCAGCAGUUUGUAAUGAUCUUGCUGUAAACAUUAAAAUAUACGCUGAUGCUCGUGACCAGACACACAUGUCACAAGUAGAUACUCUUGUUGAUGGUCAGGAACCUACUUCACAUAUUCAGACGUUUGACACUCUUGCUGUUGCCUAUGAACCAGCUCUACAGGUGGAACCAGUGGACACAGAUGCUUUUAGUAAAAAGCCAGAUUCUCAAAUUAAACCAGUAAAUGCAAAUAAUAAAGAAGAAUCUGCCAUUAGUCUCACAAGUUCAAACAAAAUUGGUUCUGAAGACUGUAACCAAACAACUAUUCCACAAUUACAAUGUGAAUCAGCAGAAAGUGAUAUGGAAUGUCAAGAACAUAAUCUACAAACAGAAACAAUUGUAAAAUACCAAGAACCUGACUCCGAAGUUAAAGCAGUAAACACAGAGGUUUGUGACAAGGAAUCUUCCAAAGGUGAAUCAGUAGAAACUGAUAAAGAAUGCAAUGUACUUGAUCUGCAGGUUGAACCUGUAGAAGCAGAUGCAAAUUAUCAAGAACCCUAUUCAGAAACUCGGGUAGUUGAUGGCCAAGAGCAUAUGGUUGAAUCAGCACAACAAGAUGCAAAUUACCAAGAACCUGCUCCACAAAUUGAACCAUUUGACGACAAUAGUGGUUAUCAGGAACCAGUUCAUCAAAUGAGUGCUGUUGAAGUUGGUGUCCUAAAACUUACUCCUCAACUUGAGCAAUUGAGCCCAAACAUAAAUGGCCAAGACAAUGUCAUGAAAUUACAGUCAGUAGACACAGAUUCUGGUGACCAAAUUAAACAAACUGAAACUGAUGUAGCUGACCAAGAAUUUGAUCCACCCAUAGAAACUACCAUUGAUGGCCAAACACCUGUUCCUCAAGGGGAGCUAAAAUGCUCAGAUGUUGAUGUUCCUGUUUCAGAAAGUAGAGCAGAAGUCAUAGGUGUUGAAAGAGAAGUUUUCACACCAACAUCUACAUCAGAGAACAAGAGUUUCUAUGGCCAGUGUUCUACUGGUCAGUCAACAAAUGUUCAAGUGAAUCCUGAAUGUCUUGAGCAAACAGAUUCUUUACAAAGUACGAAUCAACUUUCCCUUACUGAAGAGAUUGAUGGAGCAAAAGGUGAACAGGGAGAACAAAAUCUUGUAUCAACAACAAGAUCUUCAGAAGUAUCCCCAGUUUAUAUUAAUGCCCUUUCUGGAAACUGGACUUUUCCAAAGUAUCCUGUUCCUGCAGACCAAAGUAGAUUUGGUGUUGGAGAAAAAAAUACAUUUGACAUAAAACCAGCUGAAAUGGUUGAUGUUUGUUGUUUCACUGAUCCACAAGAUUUUGCAUGUUUGCAAAGAAUUCAGGAUGAAACUGAAACAUGUCAGUCAGCUUGGGUUAUUAUUGGGAAUCCUACACGUUCUAGUAUUCUUGAUGAAGAAGUGGAUUAUGUACCAGUAGAAGAAGUCAAUUCCAUCCUAAAACUUCACAAAAGCACAACCACAGAUGAAUUGAAUGUAGAUAAAGAUUUUCAUGCAGACCUGAACUUCCUUCGAGGCUGCUUCACUAGAGUUGGUGAGGAUGAUUUGAGGCAUGUGUUGACACAGUGUGAUGGGGAUGUUAGUUGGGCUGUUAAUAUCAUACUGGAUUCUGAUAUUGAUGUACCUAUCAUGAGUUCUGGUGACACAUAUAAUGGUGUCGGGAUGGCUUCUAAGAUUGACGUUGGCACUCAUAGAGAAACGUUUGGAGUUGAGGUUACCUCAGAUGAUAGUGGAGAAUUUAAGUAUGUAGUUGAUGAGUCAAAGGAUGAAUCAUGGCCAGAAUGGCGAUCAAAUCCCGAUGAUAUUGCAGUUAAAAAAUCCACACAUCCAGAAGCACUUGGGGAGAUUGCAAGAAUGGAUGAUUUUGAUGUUGGUACAACUGCAACUCACAUUCCAAAAAAGCUUGCCAAUGCAAGUGUUGAUCAAGCUAACUUGACAGAAGAUCUUGAGGCAGUUAGUGAUAUUCAUAUGCCGUACAUUUUUGGAGAUGAAGAGCAUCAACAUAGCAAACAUCACGAUGAUCAAAUUCAUGGUAAAGGCUUUGGUAUUGCUUUACCUAAGAUUGAUGAUGAAAGGCAAAACGAAACUGUGAGACCUGAUGAGGAUGACGACUCAGACAUUAAUGGUCAAGCGAUGGCCCAAGGAAUGAAUGAAGAGCUCGAAGAAAUGGUCGCCUCAAAGGCUAUGGCUGAAGGACCAAAGACCUGGCAAUUACCUCUUAAUCCAGUAUUUGCAUUGCAGCUACAGGAGAUGUUUGGACCAGUUGGAAUACUUUCUAAAGGUGACUGCCCUGAUGAAGAUGAUUUGAAUAUCGAUAUAGACAAUAAGGUAGCAGGUCUGAUUUAUCAAUGUUGGGUUGAAACGUUGAGAUCAAAAGAACCCCAGCUGAGAGCCAAGCGGGAAAAAUUGUUGAAAAAUGAUGAGGAUUUGGCCAGAGAACUACAAAGGGAAGAAGAUGACAAAAGAAAAGCGUCUGUACUGCCUCGAUCCAGAUCCAGCAGCAGUCCAUCUUCUAGUGGAUCUUCUUCCCCUAGCAGGAAAAGAAGAUAUAUUCCUCUACCCAGCCAGCCCAUAGAUAGAGUGAAAUCCUCUAUUCCACAGGCUGGAGUGCAACCACUGACAGAAAUCAUGGAUGAAGAAUAUGGAAUGCAGUUACACAGGAAAGACGUGGAUGCUGAGAGAGCAGAGAGACGUGAGAAACAUGAUGUCCUAGCAAAUAAGUUGAAGAAAGAGCAGUUGUACUUGAGGUUUCCAGAUUUAGAAUCAAAAGUCCUGGAAGAAAUAUUUGAAGCAAGCAAUUAUGACUUAGGUGAAACUGUGAAAUUUGUAGAAGAAUCUAGUGGUAUAAAGAGUAAACCACCACCGCCACUAUUGGCAGUACCUGAGCUUGCGCCCAAACAUCAAAGUUGGGUAGGUGCCUCAUCAAACGAAGAGUAUGCUUCUUUUCAGAAGCUGGACGUCCCUGAUUAUCGUGACUUCAGGGCAGAGGCCAACUUGCAUCAUAAACAAAGACAGGAGUGUUUCAAAAAAGCUGCAGCCGCCUAUCAGAAAGGAGAAAAGCAACUUGCUUCAUAUUAUUCGCAGCAGGGUCAUAUGCAUUCAGAGAAAUUAAAGGAAGCACAUGCAAGAGCAUCUAUGAGUAUCCACGAACAGAAAAACGCUGACCGAUUACAAGACAACGAACUGGAUCUGCAUGGUUUGCACGUCAAAGAAGCCCUGGAAGUGCUGGAACAGAUCAUAUCACUGAAGGAACGGGAACUGAGAACGGAUCCGAGGAGAAGGAGAUACACACACCUAUCUGUGAUUACUGGUAGAGGAGCUCACAGUCGUGGCGGCGUGGCAAGGGUCAAACCGAUGGUUAUUGAUUGGUUAAACAGAAACAAUUACAGGUAA